GCGAUCCGUCGGUAAUAUUCAUCUUGAAGGUUUUCUACUAUACCUACAGAACACGGAAUGGCAUAAAAUGCUCAUUUCAAACUGAAAUGUUCGUUGGGAUUGCUCGCUUCCUGAAGCCGUUCAGUUUUAGUAUGAAUUAUUAGAGAAUACUUUAUGUGCGAGAGCAUAUUUUAAUUGCGAAAUGUGUGAAAGCAUGGAUGCUGUUGAUCUAAGUCUUUUAUAUACGAUCGAGGAAGAAACGGACGAGAAUGGAAGCGAUAUAAAAAGGCAGCUUAGAAAACUAGCUUUGGAGAAUGAAUCGUAUAAUCAAGAAAUUUACGAGUUACGACGUAAGCUCGAGGUUAGCAUAGCCACUCAGAAAGAAAUGAGUGAGAUAAAUGCGAGUUUAGAAAGCACUAUAGCCGAACGUGCAAUUCAUGCUGAAAAUACAAUUGCUUGUCUGCAAUGCAGAUUAUCUAAUGAAAAGAAGGAAUACUCGGAACGUUUAUUUCAAUUGGAAACCGAUCUAGCACAAAGAGAUCAGGAAAUCAUGAAUUUAAAAAAAACUAUCUUAGAGCUGAAAAAAAUAGAGCCUGUGAUAAUAAAUGGACCUGACUACUCAGAUUCUAUUACCAAAGUUACAGAACCUUUGAUCGAAAAGGUGGCUGCACUUUCAAGUAUCAUAGAAGAACAAUACAAAAAACAAACACAGUAUGAGGAACUCGUGCCUGCAUUAGAGCAACAGUAUAGGGAAUGUAAUGAAAUCCUUAAUGUGACCAAAGAGGAACUGGCAUCAAAAAAUGCAAUUUUAGAAAGUAAUCAAGAGGAAUUAGCAGUCUGCCGUAUGGAAUUACAGUCAAUAAAAAGUGCUCCAUCUGAUAUCCAUAAAGGCAAUUCCAUAUUUGCUGAAGUAGAGGAUCGUCGUCGUGGUAUGUUAAAGAAAAUGGCAGAUCUACAAAACAACUACCAGGAGAUAAAACAAAUGUAUCAUAAUAAGGAAGUAGAAUUCAAUGUCUUCCGCUCCCAAUAUGCUGCAAUGUUUCACAAAGCUGAUAAUACUGCCAAUAUUCUUGAGGAUAAAGACAAACUUCUUAUUGUAUACAAAGACAGAGUGGCAGAACUUGAAAACAAACUCAAAGAGGAGCAAAUGAAAGAUAAACAAAAGGAAAGAAAACAAUCAACUGGCAAAGACUUUAGUUACCUAGAGAUUCUAUUGGUAGAGAAAACUAAGGAAAUUGAAGAAUUGCACAAAAAACUUGAACAUACUUCGAUUCAACGGAUCCUUACUGCGAACAUGGAAUAUACAUUAAAAGAUGAGUUAAGACACUGGAAACGUAAAGCAUUUUCUUACGAGAGUGAAUUAAUUACAUUAAAAAGCAAGUUAGAAUUGAAGCAUAUCAAUGACGAAAUAAAAAACUGUUAUCUUUGGGAGGACAAAUUUGAUAUGAAUAAAGAUGAAAGCAGUAAAAAUCAAAAUAUAAUGAAUGAUACAAUCAAAAUACCAGAGAGACAAAUAUCACAGAAAGUUAUAGGUCAUAACGUGGAAGAAAAAAUUAAUGAAUCUAUUAACGUCUCUACAGAUAUCACAGCCAAUGAUAUGGAAUUAACGGGAAUAAUACCCUCUAUUAUUCAUAAAGAUUUACCAGGCAAGAGCACCUUGAAUAAUAUAUCAAGCAUGCCAUUAAAAUCAGCUAUCCUUAAACCUGAUCAGGUAAUAAAACAUUUAGAAAGUGGGUACAAGGAGAAAGAAAAGAAAAGUCUUCGCUUUUCACCAGACACAGUGGAUUCUGUUUCCCAGCAAGUCAAGAAAGACUUAAAGAUAACAAAAAAAGAAUAUCCUAUAAUAUAUAUUGCAACAAACAAAAAAUGAAUUUAAUUUUUAAGCUUAACUUUAUGCAUGUCAAUAAAUUUUUAU